CCGGCUGUAAUACUUAGCUGCACUGGGGCAAUAAUCUAUCCGAAUACCAGUAUACUUGUUUGCUGCCCGCUAUGUCUGUCCUGGCACCGAUUAUUUGCGAUAAUGGAACAGGAUUUUCAAAAAUUGGUUUCGCGGGCAACUCUGAUCCAUCUUUCGUAUUCCCGACCGCAAUUGCAACGCGCGGCCCUGCAGCACAGGCGAGCAGAGGUCCCUCGGUACCCUCCAAGCCAGGCCAUCUCGCGUCCAAGCGCGGGGUCGAGGACUUGGACUUCUUCAUCGGGGAUGAAGCACUCGCGAACGCGAAGACGCCCGGGUACACCGUGCACUACCCCAUCCGGCACGGCAUGAUUGAUAACUGGGACUACAUGGAGAGGUACUGGGAGCAGGUCAUCUUCAAGUAUCUGAGGGCGGAGCCUGAGGACCACUAUUUCCUCCUCACAGAGCCGCCACUAAACCCCCCUGAGAACCGCGAGCAGACCGCCGAGAUCUUCUUCGAGUCGUUCAACAUCAAGGGGCUCUACAUCGCGGUGCAGGCCGUGCUCGCGCUCGCCGCGUCCUGGUCGUCCAAGAACGUCACCGACCGCACGCUCACGGGCACCGUUAUCGACUCGGGCGACGGCGUCACGCACGUCAUCCCCUGCGCCGAGGGGUACGUCAUCGGCAGCGCCAUCAAGCACAUCCCCAUCGCCGGCCGCGACAUCACGCAGUUCGUGCUCAACCUCAUGCGCGAGCGCGGCGAGAUGGCGAACGUCCCGCCCGAGGACCAGCUGCGCGUGGCCGGGAAGGUGAAGGAAAACUACAGCUAUGUGUGCCAGGAUAUCGUGAGGGAGUUCAGGAAGUAUGAUGCGGAGCCAUACAAGUACUUUGAGCGGUACGAGGGCGAGCAUAGCGUGACUGGACGGAAAUACUCCCUAGACGUCGGAUACGAACGCUUCCUCGCCCCCGAGAUCUUCUUCAACCCCGAGAUCUAUUCCUCAGACUUCCUGACGCCCCUACCCGAGAUCGUCGACGGCGUCAUUCAACAGUCCCCCAUCGACGUCCGGCGAGGGCUGUACAAGAACAUCGUGCUUUCUGGCGGGUCAACAAUGUUCCAGCACUUUGGCCAGCGCCUGAAGCGCGACCUGAAACACCUCGUCGAUCAGCGAUUGGAAGCGAGCGCACGGGCUAGCGGGAGCGCACAGAAGUCUUCUGGCGUCGACGUCGAAGUUAUCUCUCACAAACGUCAACGAUACGCCGUAUGGUUCGGUGGCUCCCUCCUCGCGGACCUCCCCGGCUUCUACACCGCCUGCCACACCAAGGCGCAGUACGACGAGAUCGGGCCGAGCAUCUGCAGACGGUACCAGAUCUUCGGCAGCGCUACAUAAAUACAAUACGAUAUAUCGAUGUAUACUGAUACGGUCACAUACUGGAUGCUGUAGAAUGAAGAUCAAAUCCGAAUACCCUGUCGAAGCGUGACGGAGUGAUGUCUCA